AUGGAAUUAGUCUUGGUAUCCCCGAGUGGAGAUCAUUACCCUAUGGCUAGCAAGUUGGACUUUGAUUACAUAAAUGAUAUGGUAGAAUAUGAAGCAUGUAUUAUGGGCAUUCGUGCAGCCAUUAAACGGAACAUCAAAAUGCUAAGAGUGUAUGGAGAUUCCGCAUUGGUAAUAUACCAACUCAAAGGGGAAUGGGAAACUAAAGACCGUAAGUUAAUCAGUUAUAGAAAGCUGGUCCUCGAAUUGGUUGAUGAGUUUGACGAUAUCACCUUCUGUUAUCUCCCACGGGAGGAAAACCAAAUGGCUGAUGCAUUGGCUACUCUGGCUUCGUUGAUUAAGGUGAACAGAUUUGAGGUAAUGAGGCCUAUUCAGAUGAGUAUCUAUGAAACCCCAACUCAUUGCUACAAUAUUGAGGAGGAGGGAAAAGAUGAUCAUCCUUGGUAUCAGAGUAUCCUACAGUAUGUGAAGAAUCAAGAGUACCACAGGCAAGCAACAGAGAACGACAAGAGAACUCUGAGAAGAAUAGCCAUUGAAUAUGUCUUAGAUGGGGAAGUGCUAUACAAAAGAGGGAAAGAUCAAGUACUGUUAAGAUGUGUGGAUGCCGUGGAAGCCAAGAAAAUUUUGGAGGAAGUUCAUGAGGGUUCUUUAUUGCUGCAGUUCAGCAUCGGUCUCCUCUCCGAUUUCCUCAUUACAGAAACACUCGAUAUUCUUUCAUGGCUCUUGCAAUGUUGA